UACGUGCUUCCAGCUGACCAAGAAGCAUGCAAAGUAGCGUCAAACGCCUACCGCUGUUCUGGCUUGCGAAAUGCUGAAGAUCUAGACUUUCCCCCUCGUCAGCUUCUCCUUCACUCUACACGACCUCUGCGAGCUUUUCUUUUUGCCAAUUGAACUUUCGCAGCCUCGUAUUCGCCGCCAGGCACCAGUCACGAUGUCGUUCAUCGUCGAACAUGCGAAACAGGCCGUCACCGACAAACAAACAAAUGUCGUCAUCUUUUCGGCCACGGCUAUCGCCCUCUAUGGCUACGAUCAGGGUAUGAUGUCCCUCAUCAAUACGAACAAUGACUACCUCGCCACCAUGGGUCUCGAGGAAGAGUCACCAGUUGUGGGUGUUAUCGUGGCUGUCUAUUACCUCGGUUGUGCGGUUGGCGCUGUACUCUUCUCCAUGCUCGCUGAUAAGCUGGGAAGGAAAAGGAGUAUCUUCGCUAGUCUGGCGACGGCGAGUUUAGGUAACUUGAUCAUGUUCGUGGCUGGAAUGGGCAUGUUAGGCAAGAGCACGGAGAUCGCAUUGGGUGUCAUGCUAGCCGGACGAGUAGUUAUGGGAUUGGGUGUUGGAGGUAUCGACGCAGUCAUUCCAACUUACUCUUCCGAGUUGAGCUCAGACGACUCUCGUGGCAAAGCGCUGGCCCAGGAAUUCCAGUCCAACAUCUUUGGUCUCGUCAUGGCUUUCGGUAUCAACUUGCUCGUCACUAUUCUUCUCGGCAAGCAGAAUCAAUGGGCUUGGCGCAUUCCCAUCAUCGUCAUGCAGGUCUACCCUGUUCUGCUCAUGGCUGUUGUUGAACGCCUUCCAGAAUCUCCGCGCUGGUUCAUCUUCCAUGACCGCCAAGAAGAUGCGAAGAACGCGCUAAACGAUAUCUAUGGAGAUGAAGGAAAGGAGAAGCUUGAUGAGCUGCUCGAACAGCAUGAGAAGGAGAAGGAUGUGAAGGUUGGAUAUUUGGAUAUGCUCACACCCGGGCACGAGCAAUUCCAUCCUACUAUGGUCACAGUCAUGUGCCAAGUCAACCAAGCUCUCACAGGAUAUGGCGCAGUCAGUGUAUAUGGGCCGCAGAUUUUUGAGCUCCUUGGCUUCUCCGUCCGCAACUCCGAGUAUCUUACUCUUGGAAACUACACAUCCUACUUCUUCCUCAUGACGCUCGCUUGGCUUCUAAUCGAUGCUCUUGGCCGGCGCCAACUUAUGAUCCAAGGUUCUAUCGUCUUAUCCUCUUCGUUCGCACUUCUUGCUGUCUUUGGUGGUCUAGCAGCCAAGUCUGACUCCAUUGAUAUUCCCGUUAUCAUCCCUGGAAUCAUCGGCACUGUCAUCUUAUUUGUAGCCACCGGCGCAUUCGGAAUUGGUUGGCUCUCAACCGUCUGGCUUUUCCCCACAGAAGUUUUCCCGACCACCGCACGUGCUCAAGGUACUGCUAUCUCCGUCAUCAUCUGGGGUCUCGCAAACUUUGCCAUCACAUUCCUUACGCCCGUCCUGUUCAACAACCUUGACUACUUCAUUUUCCUCGUCUUCGCUGCGACCAAUGCCUUCGCCGGUCUGUGGACAUACUUCUAUCUUCCGGAGACUGGUGGAAGGACUUUCGACGAGAACAUGGACUUCUUCAAAGAGGCUGGUGAGACCGGAACCUGGAGGGUCGGAAAGGUGCGCAAGGGCGAGUGGAAGAAGAUGCUGUACGAUGAUCCUGAGGGAGAGGGUAAUGUAGAUGCAGAACGCGUACCGCUGUUGCAGAGGGUGGGGGACCAAGUUCCUAGUGUAGAACAGUCUCGAGAGCCGAGCCGGCAACGAGAGGAGUAAGAAGAGAGAACCGUCCCUUCUAUAUCGCGGACAAGUCUCGGCUCCGCGGUAUUGUAAAAGUAGCGAAAAAGCAACUAUCCUAUCCAAUUAGCACUAGAAUGAAUAACAACAUCAUCACAAAAGAGAUUCAUGGAACCUUGGUAUGUUGAAAACUAGAAUAUACCCGGUUGACGUUCGACCGUUGCCCCACAAACCAAUAUACAUGAUAUAGCCAUCCUGGUCGCGGAGAAUACCCGGCAUCUACAUGACCCAAGUACCGACCACGAGCCACGACCAUUAUAUUGAAAGCG